UUAACAGCUUGUGUGAGCACAAUCUGAGCCAUUAUUACUGGCGGGCGGCAGAUGUAACUUUCCCCGAGAGGAGAAGUGGAAAGCAAAAAUAAGCUCCAGUGUAACCAGUCCGCCACCUAGCUGCGGAGACGCGCCGACGAAGAUCAGUCGACUAGUGUGAUUAUGAAAACACCCGCGCCAAUGUUGUUGCACAGUAGGCUCCGCGCUCCGAUGAGACCGAAACUCGGUUUUAGGAGGUGUUUUAACCUCCGCUGGCCUUAGUUAUGUAAUCAAAGCAACAUCUAAUGCACCAAAAAGCUCCGGAUUUCUGUUGGUGCGAAGGGGCGAGCAGGACAGCAACACCUUAACCUCCUGCCUAAACGCAGUUGGCUCCGGGACGCGCUCUCGGCCUAAAGGACAAGAGAGAGACCUUCCUUCGCUGGAUGAAGGAGCCCAGGUGGACUAUUACGGGAUAUUCUUUUGGAAAUCUCAUCUACACCUGCAUUCUCCUCCUCCUCGUCGCCCUUGGCCCCAACAACCUCAUUUAACAGUGUUAUACUGGAAACCCCGCAGCAUCCUGCUUCUCCCCCCUGACUUCUCUGAUGGACCAGAGAGUGAAGGGGGGAACCCCUCCAACCACCACUCUGGACGCCACCUCCGCAUCCGAAGACUCUGAAGUGGCAGAGAAAAAUGGGAGGGGUGAGGGGGAGAAUGGCGAUGUAGGGGGAAAGGAGGAGGAGAAAAGGGGAGCAGGGAAAAAGAGAGAGGGUGACAAGGGGGCAGUGCUGGAGUUGCUCAUCGAGGGGCGCUGUGGGAGCACGGGGCAGCAACAGCUUCAGAUCUCCGGUAGAGAGACCAGCUGCCCCGACGGAAACGUGCGACUCCGCAUCGGACUCCACGCCAAACGCACCAAGAAACCGCCUAAGAUCUUGGAGAGCUAUGUCUGCAAGCCCACCUUCAGGACCUAUCAGAGGCAAGGCAGGGGGGGACUGCUGAGGGGGGAUGGAGACGGAGGACCGCAGAGCAAAACCAGCUCUGCUCCAGAGGAGGCCACCAGAGAUCAGCACUCGGGCUUGGAUGCUGUCCAGACCACAUCCAAACUUACUGCAUCUGCUGCUGCUUCAUCUCCACUCGCAUCAUCAUCUUCGCAGCCACUGUCGUUAUCAUCAACAUUAACCACAGCUUCCACGACAGCCUCAGUCCCUGCCGUCACCAGCCAAGGGACCAGGUCCUCCAAACAGGUUCCUAUCAAACUGGCCGAUAAGACGGAGGUGAAUUCAAAUGGCUCGUCAGAGAGAGUAAAGAAAGACAAGCUUCCGAGUGUCAAUGGCCAGUCUGUCUCUGCAGGACACAAACCCUGCUCGCCUGCAACAGAACAGACAGCCACGCUUUCAUGUAUCCAAGCCCAAUCUGCAGCUGAAACCAGGAACGAAGGGAAGACCUCCAAGAAGCAUAAUGGUUUGGUGCAGACGACAAAACAGAAGGGACUAUCUAAUGGGAAAGGCUCCGCCGACAUCCUUGGCACUUCCGCCUCGUCGAAAAGCAAAUCUGGAAAACACAGCAGUUCUGUUUCCGCCAUGGACUCCUCGACAAGACCUCCAGCCUCCACCAGCUCCCAUAAAGAACUGUCCAGUAAGGGCAAGCCAGACUCUCCUUCAGUCACCCCGAAACCGCAGUCUACCCCCACUGUGGAUGCCCAAUCCCAAAGUCAAGGUCCCUCUGUAGAGAAAAAGAAAGACAGGAAAGCAAAGAAGGAGAAACGGAAAGAUAAAAAGUCAAAGCGAGAUAGAUUGGAGGCAGAUAGAGCAAAGAGUGAGAGCAGAAAGGAGGAAGGCAAGAAGAAGAAAAAGGAGAAAGGGAAGGAUGGGAAGUCAAAGCAUGGUAAAGAAAAGGAUGAGAGACAUAGGGCUGAUGAUACGUGGAGGGAUGAACUUAAGACCGAAAGGGGAAAAGCUGAGACGAAAAGGGAUAAGCUCAGCCCAGACAGUCAAAAAACAGAGGAUAAUAAAUGUGUUGAGACAGUUGAUAGUGGUAAACUGGAUAAAAGCUGUAAAGUAGUGAAUCCAGGCAGACCAGAUGAGAUAGAAAAGAUGGAUGACAGUUGCAAGCCAGUUAAACAAGCUGAGCCAGCAACAGGUGACACCAGUAAAUCAAAAGAACAAGACGUCUCAAGACAUUCAGCUGUGCCUCCAAGCCACCCCUCUGCUUCUGCUCCUCCCUCUCUGCCCACUCCCUCUGCCCGUGUUUCUCCCCCCUCCUCCCCCCAAGAGCAGGACAGCCGCCCGCUCAAGAAACGUAAAGCCAGACGGCCCAGCUGGACCAAGCUGGUGCACCGGGCUCAGAGGGCGGAAAAUCAGGAAGCCCCUUCAGAUUCCCAACAUAAUCCUUUACUGAGUUUCCCCCAGAACCCCAAAACAUCCCUUCCUGCCAAGACCACUAUUCAGCAGACUGAUGAGUCACACCCAGCUCCGUCUAGCUCCUUAACCAGCAGCUCCUCCCCUCUCUCCUCUGCAACCAAACCUUCAUCCCCAAAGCAGAGUCACCCAGCUUCAGACUCUAGCCCCCCUGCGUCCAGAUGCACCCUAACCUCUGCUCGAAAAAGGGGCCGCCCAAAAUCCUUCAGCUUCGAUGAACCUCCCCCAAGACUGUCACCAAGCGCUGUCCCAACUGAGGUGCCUCUUCUGGGGUGUGACGGAGUUCAGAAAGCCCCUGUCCUGGAGCCAAGUCCCAAAAUGCAGUCGAAAUCCAGCCCCAAGAAGCGUGGCCGUCCUCCCAAACGCUCCCUCCCCGAGGAACAGAGCGAAGAUGCACUGAAUCGCACUGAUAGGAGUAAAGAUUUUCAUCCUCCCGAAAAAGGGAGCAGGCAGCUAAAGAUCAGGAGGCUGAUUAACGAGAUGAAGAAAAGAAAGAAGAAGAGACUUCACAAGGUAAUACUGUCCGGGUAUGCGGGAAAAGAGGGAAGGGGAGCAGCAGAUGGCGAGUCCUCUCUAAGAAUGUGUAAAUCGAUAGAGCCGACAACAGUACACACGCUCUCUGCCCUGUCCUCGUCCUUCGGGAGUAAGCUGGGCCCCCAGAUCAAUGUGAGCAAGAGAGGGACCAUCUACAUGGGCAAGAGGCGAGGACGCAAGCCGAAAGCGCAAACAACUAACUCCCAGAGCGCCACUCAGUCGUCCCUGUUUACCAAUCCCUCGGAAACAUCUCUCUUCUCGUCUAACCAACCCCAGCCUCCUCCCUCUCACCCGUUUCCCUCCCCGUCUCUCACCCACUCCAGUGGCGCCCAGAGCCCCUACAGUGAAGGCAGCCUUCCAGAACCAACAUCCUCCUUACUUUUUCCUCAUCCCUUCUCCCUGCCUUCCCCAUCAUCCUCCUGCACCUCCCCCCGUCCUCCCUCCUCCUCAUCCCUCUCUCCCUUUGUGAAGAAGAGUUGUCCAUGCCAGGGAAGGCAUCACUUUCCCUUUCACCAGUCUUCAUGUAAGCUCUCCUGUCCCACCCCUCCGCUGCAUCACACACCUGGCUCUCCUGGCCACCUGAAAGAGGCCACGCCCUCCCCCAGGAGCGAGUCGCACAGCGAGGAGACGCUGCCGAGCGACAGCGGGAUCGGAACGGAUAACAACAGUGUUUCUGAGCGAGCGGAGAUGAGGGGAGUCCGAGGCAUGCUCAGGUUGGGUCAGGGGUCAGGGGUGAUUCUGGGGGGUCAAAGGCACCCUUCCUCGCUUGUGGACCGUCCCUCUCCUGUCUCCUCACCCCUCUCUCUCAUGCCCAGACACACAAACCCCAACUCUACGACCGCGGAGCGCCACAGGGACAGACACAGGCACAGGAGAAGGGAUUACGACUGCUCCUCCUCCUGCACUUGCUUGUGCCCCUGCCCGGGACACAACAAGUGCUCUCACCCGGACUAUUAUUCUUGCCUUGGGCACAAUGCACUGAAGAGACAGAAAAAUAAACACAAGAAGAAGCACCAGCAGCUGCACAUGCAGGAUCCAGAGUUUCUGGCUGAGCUGGAGGAUCUGGUCGCUCAGUUCAGCGAGAUCCAUAUCGGAAAGCGAAGUUGGGCGAGGACGGGGCUUGGACAGGGCUUCGAUGGGAGCGGGAAUGCUCCUGGAGGAAGGCGCCAUCACUCCUCCUCCCAUUCUCAUCGCUCUAACAUCUUCAGGAUCAAUCUGAACGGCUUCUACUCUCCUCACCCUUCAUCUUACUCCGCUAAUCCCUCCUUCUCCACUCAGCCUUUCUACCCAUGCCAGCCCGUGCAUUGCAACAGGAAGCCCGAUCGAAGGCAGUGUGGUUGCCCAUCAAAGUUCCAGGAGACCAUUGAAAAUAUGAGCUUUUACAGCAGCUAUCCACCAGCUACAACCCUUUACCACCACCUCCCCAGCUCCUACCCACUUCCCACUCCACACCAGUACGCCCCGCAUCAACCCCAUCAUGCCCAUUUCCUCUUAAACCCCGCCAGAUUCCACCGGCGCAGGAGCAGGUUGCUGAGGGAGGGAGCUUUGGGAGGAGACGUUGAGGGAGAUUUAGGUGGAGGCAGUGGAGGAGGCCCACACCUCAGCUCAGGGUUCACGUCCGGCCUCUCCUGUGGCUGUGGGAGGAGUGAACACAAACACAAGCAUAAGCACCGCCACAGGCACUGCGAGCGAGACAUGGAUGACGAGGAGGAGUUGCACGAGGAUGAGGAGGAAGAUGGGAUGGAAAGGGAGGGGUUGGCCAGUUCAAAGCCGAGAUCAGGGUUCGUUUUGGGGCAAGGAGAAGGAGGAAGGAAAGGUGCAAGAGGAAUGGGGAGUAUGCUGUCGAAAGAGUCGUCUUGGUUAUGUGAGAACGGAAGUGAUUCCUUCUCCUCUGCCGCUGCCUCAUCAUCAUCAUCAUCAGCAGAGAGGUACAAACACACAUCUCUCACCUCACUGGGGCUGGGCUCCUCUCACCUGUCUUCAUUCGGAGGAAGCUGGGGCGGCCUGGGCCAGAGCUGGACGAAAUUUGGGAGCCUGGGAGGAACAGGAUUUGGAAAUUCAACUCCCAGCUGGAGAGGUUUCACUGGGGAGCAGCGUAAAGGCAGACCGAUCGCAUCAGACGGAGAGGACGAAGACGGCGAGGACGAGUCGCACCUGUACAGGACGUCCCCGUCACCAACGCACACCAACUUGUUCACUUCCGCUGCCAUGGCAACAGGAGGGAGGGGUCUGAGGAGCGGAUUGGCUGGUAGGAAUGCAGGAAGUGGAGACAGGUUAUGGAGGAGAGAUGAGCCAGCAUGGACGGAGAGGAGAGAGACAGGUUUACAAGGUGACUCAAGAAGCCGGGGGCAGCGGAAAAGUGUGCCAAUGCCAGACGGUGUGGCGGGGAAAAACAAAAGAAGGCCAGGACGGCCCAGAAAGCGUCCACUGCCAUCCGCUGCGUCCUCCCCCACGCACUCAGCUCCCUCCAUGUCAUCACCCGACCUACUGCCAGGACACAGCAGAGAUGGGAGAGAAGUGAAAGGGAGAAGAGAGGAGAGAGCGCCAGAGAGAGAUAGGGGAGGCGACACGGUGCAGCAGGUGACAGAGUCUGAGCUGCAGGCCAGGAGGAAGAGAGGACGGAAGAAAAAACACGGUGACUCUCCCUGUCAUCAGAGUGUCGCCGAGGACAAACCCGAGUGUGACACGCCCCCUGAAUGUUUAAGCCAACCAGAUGCCGAGCAGGCUCCAUCCCAACCAGAAACCAUCCAAAGAGAGGAGAGAGCAGACGGUCCUCCCAGGAAGAAGUUUCUGAGGGCGGGGCUUUACUCUGACGAUUACAAAACCACAGACCCGCCCUCCCAAACCAAACAGCUGUCCAGAGAGAGUAUGGACUACACACCAGGGGAGAAUGAAUAUAGCCUUUUACCUGCUCCCAUACAUGUCGGGAAGUACCUGAGGCUGAAGCGGAUUCAUUUCCAGUUACCUUACGACGUUAUGUGGCUGUGGCAGAACAAUCAGCUUCAGAAGCAGCCUGCUGUCCCUCUGAAGAGGAAGCGGCGUUACUGCCGAAUGAAGGAGAGGACUGUAUCUUCUCAUCAGACGGCGGAGGAGAGUGCCAGUGACAUUACCAGCCUGUUUCCUCACCUCGACAUGGAGCCUUUGACCGGCAGUGAGAGGAGCUUUGUGGUGAAACACCACGUGUUCCUCGUGAGGAACUGGGAGCUCGUGCGAGACCGGCAGAUCCGACUGAGGAUAGAGAGGGAGCGGGAGAGAGACGCAGAGGGAGAGGAGAGGGACUCACAACGCCCGUCCUGUGAUGGAGCCAAUGGGGACGACAGCCACAUCAAGUCAGAUCAGCAAGUGGGGGUGGAGGUGACGGUUAUCAGCAGUGACCCCCUUCAUCAGAGUCAGGACACCAGCAGCUCACUCACUGCCAGCCCCUAUCCCACCAAAACCCAGAACAGACACGAGGAGGAGGGAGAGGAAGACAAACGAGGGGAGGAAGAGGUCUGCAGCAGAGAACAGAGGAGGAAACGGCUGAAUGAUUUACUUUCGACCCUGCAGCAUUCAUAAGCUAACAGAGAGAGGUGGGACCACUCUGAGAAAGGGACCAGGCCCACCGAAGGACAGAUGGACAGGAAUUGAUGUCACAACACUGUUAUUAACAGUGCCACAGAGAACAAGCGAGAAAAGAGGAGAUGGAGAAUCAUAGCGGCUGAAAAAUGCAAGAAAGACAUCUCACACUGACAGAUGAGUGUGGUGAACCUAGCGCUCUGAAGGGCAUCACACCAAGGAUGAAACCAUGGCAACACAUCUUUUGUCCAAGCGGCAAGGGAUGAGAGAAACAGAGACAGACUGUCCCGGAUGAAAAGAAAGAAAAGACCAGCUGAGAUGAAUUUGCACUAGUGCUGGAUGAUCAAGCACACUAAAGACUGUAUGUAUGAGUGGAGACACUAUAAAUGCAUACAAGUUGAUCGCUCUUACUUCGGCACCUUAACAGGGAAAGACGGACAUGGGUCGGAGACUGAAAGUGGACUUAUAUGGUACUCAGCAUUUCGGCUCUAAAGUUUCCAAGAGACAAGGAGCUCAGGAGCUGCCCGGGGGAACAAAAAUGUAGCCUGGGCCCUAAGUAGGUCAAAAUUGAACCCUCAUUUACUCGUUAAGCUUUCAAAGUCACAUUGCACCUUUGGGAAAUGACACAAGGAGAAGGGAACCAGUUGAGGAGACAGCGGUAGGGUUUUUCUUCACUUUACCAAGACAGUGUCGGCUAUGUACCAGUGAAUAGGCAGGGGAGGGGGGUGGGCUUAGUGGUAGGAAUUUUGGCAUCGCUGCAAGAGAAUUUCUAAUGAGGUUUUAAGAAAGAAGUUAUUUUUGACACAAAAAAGGACAGCUUGAGUACUGUCUGCGAAAGAGAUGGACAAAAUAUAUUCAUGAUAGGAAUGUUUAUUGUUGACUAUUUUUCAGUAUUGCUUCCUGGGGAAGGGAGGGAGAGGGGUAAAAAAACAGUGUUUUGUUUACUUCAGACUGCCUUUGAGAAUGUUUUUGCUCCAGAGCAUUGACAAUCAGAAUGUCCUAGGGGGGUAGAAAGGAGAGAUUUGCCCCAAAUGCUCUGUAGAAGUGCCAUGUUGUCUUGUGUACGUACCUAAGCGAACUCAUGCAGUCUUUAAAAGCAAUAUCUCCUAUGAUAAGGACUAUAUAAGGACUUCCUUUGUUACGUUUGUUUUUUUUUUAGUUGUGAAUAUUUGAGGAUUGGAGGUCAUUUUUCUGUACAGUUGCAUAGUAGGUUGUUUUCAUCCUAGAAGCAUUGGGCUAAUCCACCUAGUGGACGUAACCAUAAGUUUUAGUUUCAUGUGAAUGUACAUAGAGAGAGAGAAAGACCUGUUUUCCUUCUAUCAGCAGUAGCGUGUAAAAUUAGUAUUAUACAUGACAAUACUAUUGGGAGUAUACAUAAAACAUAAUAAUCCAAUCUUUCAUUUUACUAACAUGUUUUUAACAGGUGAUACAGCUGACCAAUAUAUCAGUCAUUUGUCCUUAAAAUUGACUAUGAUUGUAUAUUAGUUUUUUGUAGAAUUACAUAAUUUGUCUUUCUUUUCUUUUUUUAGCCAAGCGUAUUUUUUUUAAUUGGUCAGACAAUCAGUGACAGUGAAUUAGUUUUUUUUCAGUGUUAAAUUUCUGCUCUCUUUCAGUAGUGUGGCUUCUAAUAACAAGCCAAGAAAGUGCAAUUUCUUUGACUGUUUACAUACUGUAUGUAUAUUUUUCCUCUUUCCUUUUUUAACUAAGAGCACUACAUUAUUGCCAGUGGAUGAUUAACUUUAUAGCAAAGGUACACAUACAGAGUUAUUUAUCUAGUUUGCAUGACAUGUAACCUUUGCCUGUUGCCUCCGAUAACGUGCAUCUAAAAAACAAAACAUCAACUGCAGUUAUAAGUCAAUGCCAUAGAAUGUCCGCUCAGACUUUUUGCCUCUAUAACCAUAAUAAAAGCAUUUUAUGUCUACUAGUACUAAA